AUGUCUAGCUGGAACACAAGCUGCUGUGAAAGUGUGUUGCAGGAUAGCAACUACACCAUUCCAGCCUCAUAUCAGCCAUCUGCAGCUGUUAUUAUCCUUCAGGCCAGCGUGAUGAUUUUCACUGUAGUUACAGAUAUUUUUGGCAAUAUCUUGGUAAUCCUCUCUGUGUUACAAAACAAGAAGCUUCAUACUCCUGGUAAUGUCUUCGUCAUCAGCUUAUCUGCAGCAGAUCUGAUUGUAGCAGUGUAUCCUUAUCCACUGAUGGCAAUUGCUAUCCUACAGAAGAGAUGGUCCCUGGGUCAUGUCCAAUGCAAGGUGUCUUCAACCAUUAUGGCUCUUGGUCUCUCUGGAUCUGUAUACAAUAUUCUGGCAAUAGCAGUCAAUAGAUACUUCUGCAUUUGCCACAGUUCUAAAUACGAUAAGAUAUACAGCAUAAAGAAUACCUACUGCUAUGUUUUCCUGACAUGGACACUAAGUGUUGUUAUGUUGCUUCCUCUCACGUCAACUGAUGUUGUACAGUAUGACUCACGCGUGUACUCAUGUGUAUUCAGUUUGAACAUAAACCUGUCCUUGAACCUUGCUUUGGCAUCCUGUCAAUUUAUAAUUCCAAUAUCUAUUGUCAUGUUUUGCUACAUGAGGAUUUGGAUUUUGGUCAUUCAAGCCAAGUAUCGGGUCAGGCGGGAUAACAAACAAAAGCUGAAAUUUAAUGAAGUUAGAAACUUUUUUACCAUGUUUGCAGUCUUUUUUCUUUUUGCAGUUUGUUGGGGCCCCUUUACUGUAAUUCUUUUAGCAGUUGGAUUUAGUCCCCCAGGGAAGGUACCAAGAAUUGCUGAUUGGGUGACUGUAAUAAGUUAUUUUAUGGCCUACUUUAAUAGCUCUCUGAAUGGAAUUAUUUAUGGAGUAUUUAACCGUAAUUUCAGAAAUGAGUACAAAAGAAUUGUCUUGUCUCUGUGCACCUAUAUGUUGAGAAGUAUGUCUAGCUGGGACACAAGCUACAAUGAAAGUGAGUUGAAAGGGGAUAACCAGACAGAGCCACAACUCUAUCAGCCGUCUGCAGCUGUUACCAUAAUUCAGGCCACUGUGAUGAUUUUCACAAUAGCUGCAGAUAUUAUUGGUAACAUUCUAAUAAUCCUCUCUGUCUUACAAAACAAGAAGCUCCAUACUCCUGGUAAUGCCUUUGUCAUCAGCUUAUCUGCAGCAGAUCUGAUUGUAGCAGUGUUUCCUUAUCCAAUGAUCACAAUUGCCAUCUUACAUAAGAAAUGGCUCCUGGGUCCAGUUCAAUGCAAGGUGUCCUCAACCAUUAUGGCUCUUGGUUUAUCUGGAUCUAUAUACAACAUCCUGGCAAUAGCAGUCAACAGAUAUUUCUGCAUUUGUCAUAGUUCUAGAUAUGAGAAGCUUUACUGCAUGAGGAACACCUACUGUUAUAUUUUCCUAAUUUGGACACUGAGUGUUGUUUUACUUUUACCUCUCACAUCAACUGAUGUCGUACAGUAUGACUCACGAGUGUACUCAUGUGUAUUCAGUUUAACCACAAAUGUGUCACUGAAUCUUGCUUUGGCAUCCUUCCAGUUUAUAAUUCCAGUAUCCAUUGUGAUCUUUUGCUACAUGAGGAUUUGGAUUUUGGUCAUUCAGGCCAAGUAUCGGGUCAAGCAGAAUAACAAACAAAAGCUAAAAUUUAAUGAAGUGAGAAACUUUUUGACCAUGUUUGCUGUGUUUGUUCUUUUUGCAGUCUGUUGGGGCCCAUUUACAGCAAUUGGUCUAACAGUUAGUUUUAGCCCCCUGGGGAAGAUACCUGGAUUUGCUGAUUGGCUGAUUAUCAUGAGUUAUUUUAUGGCCUACUUUAAUAGCUCCCUGAAUGGAAUUAUUUAUGGAGUCUUUAACCGUAAUUUCAGAAAUGAGUACAAAAGAAUUGUCCUGUCUGUAUGUACCUGUAUAUUGAGGCAGACACAGAAGAUGACCUAG